AUGAUAAAAUUGUUUGCUUGUUUUGAGAAUGCUUCUAAUGGCAGUGGUUCUUAUCUCAAAUGUUCUUUUUAAAGAAACGCAGGUACAGAUUAAAAGCAUUCAAAAAGAAUAAAAUACAUAUACUCCUACUAACCAUGCUGUUCCUUUUAGUGCAAAGGUUACUAUAUAUUCUGUCAUAUUCUUGGAAUCUGUGUGAUUUUUGUGUUUCUUUUUGGUAUGCUAUUAUAUGUGCAAAAAGUCAACUGGAGUCCUUCCAUCCCAAGUGGAGGAUACGUUGUGAACCUAUUAUUUUUAAUCUUGGGUGUCGUCAUUACUCGAAAAAUCUUGGCUUUUCAUGGCUCUACAAUUUAUGAAUAGAUUGUUAUUUCAUCUUUUAUAGCUACUUGUCUUUACUUGUUAACUUAUGAUAUUCUUGAACAAUUCACUCCUGAUUGCAAUUUAAUGCUUAGAAAUAAAACAUCUAAUGAGGUUUUUUGGUUCGUAUCAAGAUCAGUCUCUAUGUAUAUUUGGAGUAUUCCUAUAGUGUAUAUAUUCUGGCCACAGCUUACUUCUAAUUCCCGUCAUAUUCCAAGCACUGCAGAUGGCUCCAAUGCAAGUUAUAGUAGUAAAGGACAUAGAUCCAACCAAUCUUACAAUAAAAUUAAUCAUACAAAGUCUAAUAAACCUAAUCAUUAAAGCGAAUAAAGAAGUUCCAUUAUCAGCUCACUUGAUGAGGAAUUGUCAGACGAUGACGAGUUUUACAAUAGUGGUAAUGCCUAAUUGCAAUAAUUAACCACAGCACAUUCAAACAAAUAAAUAAUCUUAGGUGGGAAAAAUAAAGCUAAUUUUAACUCCCUAAUAUUUGGCAGAAAAAGUAAUAAAGGACCAAAUUCUUUGAGAAAAACAACUCGCUUUAUGAGUACCAAUUCACAUUAAAGCAUAAAUAUUGACGAAGAGGAUUAUACUGUUGACAACCAUAUAAAUCUUCUCAAGUGA